CUCGCGGGGCCGCCGCCAGCCCUGCCGGCCGCCUCCCCGAGCCUCCCGGGGGCGCCGAGCCUGCCCCCCGCGGCCCACAGACAGCUCCGCAGGAACCGGCGGGCGCGCCGCGCUUCCCACCGCCGCCGCGCGCGCGCCUCCUGGACCCUGCUGGCCUCACCUGCAGUCUGUACUCAGUUCAAGGGCUCCAAAGGUCACGGGCACGAUGCUUUGGGUCCUGGUGGGGGCUCUCCUCCCCGCCAUGCUGCUGGCUGCUCCACCGCCCAUCAACAAGCUGGCACUGUUCCCGGAUAAGAGCGCCUGGUGCGAGGCCAAGAACAUCACCCAGAUCGUGGGCCACAGCGGCUGUGAGGCCAAGUCCAUCCAGAACAGGGCGUGCCUGGGACAGUGCUUCAGCUACAGCGUUCCCAAUACCUUCCCGCAGUCUACAGAGUCCCUGGUGCACUGCGACUCGUGCAUGCCGGCCCAGUCCAUGUGGGAGAUCGUGACCUUGGAGUGCCCUGGCCAUGAGGAGGUGCCCAGGGUGGACAAGCUGGUGGAAAAGAUCCUGCACUGCAGCUGCCAGGCAUGCGGCAAGGAGCCCAGUCACGAGGGGCUGAGCGUCUAUGUGCAGGGCGAGGAUGCGCAGGGCUCCCAGCCCGGCCUCCACUCCCACCCGCACCCUGGCGGGCAGCCCCCCGAGCCCGAGGAUCCCCCUGGGGCCCCAGAGGAAGAGGGGGCUGAGGACUGAGGCCCCCGACUCUUCCUCCCCUCUCGUUCCCUGUGGAAUGUGGGGUCUCACCCUCCCGGGGAAGAGUUGGGGGAGAGGCUGAAGCCCCCCUUUGGCACUGGAUGGACUUGGAUUCAGACUUGGACUUGGAAUGCUUCCCGGUUGCCACGGAGAUCUGAAGGGGGUGGGACUGGCGCCAAGCUGCACAAUUUAAUAUAUUCACGAGUUGGGGGGAAGAAGCAGAGGUGUUCAGGGUUCUUUAUCGGAGGGGGGUUCUCUUCUUUUCUGCCUCCUAGACAUGUGCCCUGGGGAGGGGGAUAGUUGGCUAAGCUGCUGAGUUGGGGUGAGGCCGUCCAAGACGCGCCAAGGCCCGCACGGCCCCUCGGUGGGGCCGGGCCCUGAGCUGGGGUUGGGCGCCUUGCCCGUGGCAGCCCUGAGGCAGGGCUAGGAAGACCACUGGCAGAAAGAAGCAGGACGCUCCAGCCCCACCGGCUUCCCCAAAGGCCUCGCACCCCCGUCCCCAGGGCAGCUUCUCCCCGGUGGCCCUCCCUCAGUGGCAUGGUUGGGAGUCAGGCCUGGGCAGGACCCUGCUGCCUCCCGGCCCUGGAGCUGGGAGCCAGGCUCCCUGCCUGCCUUGGCUUUCGGGGGGGCGGGGAGGAAGGCAGGGGAGGAGGAGCCUUGCUGGGCCAGGGGGAGGGGAUGACGCCCUCGACCAGAGGGCAUCCUUCUCUCCUCGCCCUCUCCCAGAUCUUAGUGCCUCUCCCUGCCCCCCAGGUUCUAGGCCCCUCAAAGCUGAUAGAGCCAGCCUCACCCUCUUGGGAAGCUCUUUCUGAAUAUCGGAUGCUGGGGAGGGGUCUCCCUUCCCCGGAGGUUCCCAGGGGGGACCUGGGUGGGAUGGAUUCUGGAUGAGCCUCAAGGAACGGGGAAGAGGAGGGGUGAGGGCGCGUGGGGCGGCUGUGUUCACUGUGGCUCUGCAGCUGCCUAGUCCCCUCCCCCCACUCCUCGCAGCCGCACUUUAGCCCUAGAGGGGGUGCGGGGCCCCGGGGUGGGGGGCUGGGCAGGCGGGCAGGGAAGAACGCCCCUCCGUACCCGCAGCUGCCUGCGUCUGCUCUUCUGUCCCAGGGCUGCUGCCAGCCCCACCAGCCCCCUGCCUGGGGGUGCCCCGGCCCUCACGGCUAUUCCGACAAGAGCUCUGGAGCUUGUAACCAGUAGGAUGGACCCCGAGUUUUCUCAUGAAUAAAUUCGUUCAACACC